AUGGGGCGCAGGCGCUGGAGUUUCUCGGCUCUAACAUCUGUUCUUCUAUCGCUCCUAUUCCAGGCUAGGGCCUUCACACACAUACGGACCAACCUGUGUAAGUGGUGUGACCAUACCAGCCCCGUGUGUGAAGACAACAUCUGCAUGACAAACUGCACCCUGACCUCCUUCUGUAGCCUGGCAGAAGAGGUCUGUGUGGCCAUAUGGCGUAAAGACAACGAGAGUGUUAGCGUGCGGACCUUGUGCCAUCAUCCUCAGCAUGCCAUAGAGAACAUAAUGCUAUCGAACUACUCCUCCACGGAGUGUGUGAUGACACCCCAGCCAUCUGAGGACGGACUGCUGUUUGUCUGUGGCUGCAUCGGACUACACGAGUGCAAUGACAAGCUUAUAUUCGACAAAGGAGCCAACGGUUUCUCCAAACUCAAGAGCAAAGACGUGAUUCCGGUGGUUGUGAUUAGCCUUGUUCCUCCAUUGCUGAUCGCCAUCAUUGCUACGAUGGCUUUCUAUCUGUACCGUACUCGCCAGCCCAGCAAACAGCCCAAAGAGUGGGCACCAAAGCGAACCCAUUACCAAUCCCUAGACCCCCCCGAGGGUUGUGCAGGGGAAGCCAACGGUAGCGACUACCACGGCAAACUGUCGAGCUUUACCGACGACGUCCACUCCGACGUGUCCUCCACUUGCGCGAACAAUCUGAAUCACAACACGGAGCAUCUCCCCAUCCAGUUGGAGGCGCUGGUGGGCAAGGGCCGGUUUGCCGAGGUGUGGCGGGCGCGACUCAACCACAGCGACAGCGGCCAGUACGAAACCGUAGCCGUGAAGAUCUUCCCGGCCGUAGAGUACGCCUCGUGGCGGAACGAACGUGCCAUCUUUUCUGACGCAAACUUGAAGCACGAGAACGUGGUACAGUUUCUGACAGCGGAACAGCACGGGGGCACCGCUAGUUCCCCUCAGAGACAGUACUGGCUCAUCAUGGCUUACCACAGCUUGGGUAACCUCCAAGACUACCUGGCUAAUCAUAUUCUCAGCUGGACUGAGCUGUGCUCAUUGGCAGGCUCUGUGGCACGCGGACUGGCACACUUGCACAGCGACGUUACCCCCUGUGGCUCCCCCAAGGUGCCCAUCGCUCACAGAGACCUGAAAAGCAGCAACAUCGUGGUAAAGAACCAGCACGAGUGCGCUCUCUGUGAUUUCGGUUUGGCGCUGCGGCUCGACCUCUCUCUCACAGUAGACGACUUUGCAAACAGCGGGCAGGUGGGCACCGCACGCUAUAUGGCCCCCGAAGUCCUGGAGUCUCGAGUCAAUCUGGAGGAUCUGGAAUCCUUCAAGCAGAUGGAUGUAUACUCUAUGGCAUUAGUGAUGUGGGAGAUGGUCUCUCGCUGUGAUGUCAUUGGAGAGGUUAAAAGCUACGAACCGCCGUUCGGCUCCAUGGUGUGUGAGCAGCCGUGUGUGGAUAGCAUGAGAGACCUGGUUCUGAGGGACAGGGGUCGCCCAGACAUCCCCUCAAGCUGGACCACCCAUCAGGGCAUGCAGCUCCUGUGUGCCACAAUCACUGAGUGCUGGGACCACGACCCAGAGGCCCGUCUGACGGCACACUGCGUGGUGGAGCGUUUCAACAGCUUGGCCCACGAGGAAGAGGGUAACGGUACCGCCAUCUCUACCGUUCAGCAAAACUCAUCGGCCCCCUCCGCUCCUGUUCCAUCCCCCUGCACGGAGCACAGCACUGACUCCCAUCCUGCUCCUGCUCCCAUAGCUGACUCACAACCUGCUGAGAAGUCAAGACCAAGCAGUGAGGAGUGA